AUGUCAAACCUCAAAAUGUCAAACUUCGAAUUAAACAACGUGUGUUCAAUUGGAUCAAACGAUCAACUUCUCAAAGCCGUUCAAUCAAAUGAUUUAGAUUUAUUCAAAAAACUCCUAGAAAUAGGAUUAGGAAAUUCAUCUAUAGACUUGGAUAGUAUAUUUGACGAACCUUAUCAUGGCACAAUAUUAGAUAUAUGUUGUAUAUCGACGGGUAGAUCAGAAUUUGUCAGGAUACUAUGUUCGGUAGGAGUAGACGUAAACGUUGUUAAUAAAAAUCGGAAAAAGGCUCCGAUACAUUUAGCGGCUGCAAAUGGAAGUAAAGACGCGUUAGAAGUAUUAUUGGAACAUCCUCCAACCAAUAUAAAUUUAUUAGAUAGUGAUGGGAAUUCGGCUUUACACCUUGCAGCAAAAUCUGGAAAUGUUGAAUGUUCAGAAUUGCUAUUAAAUUCUAAUAAUAUAAAAGCAAAUCAAUUGAAUAGGAAAGGCUUUACUCCAGCCUACUUGGCAGCUACUUCAAAGAAAAAAAAUGAUGAACUUAUGAUGGCAUUUAUUAGGUGUCCAAAAGUUGACUUGGAUAUGUUCAUUUGGGAUAAAUCCUUAAGAAGCGUGAUAGAUGAAAAAUAUCCACAUCUUUCGGAAGAAAUGCCACCAGAAGGUACACGGAAUAUUACUCACCACUGCGAUAACCCGUUUGUAUACCUCUACUCAAAUGACAUAGAAGGAUUUAUUUCACAUAUAACUUCCACAAAACAAUUUGACCUUAACAAUCAUGAUGGAAAGCACACUUAUCUCCAAUAUGCGUGUGAUUUUGGCUUACCAAAAGUUGUUCAAGUUUUACUCAAUCUUGAUGUAGAUCCAAAUGGUACAUGUCCAUCUAAUACUAAAUAUGCAAUUUUUAUUGCUUCGUUCAGAGGUUUUGCAGAUAUCAUACAAUUGUUUUUGAAUAGUAGAAAAUCUAUAUGUUAUCAAACAAGUAACGGUACAGCACUCCUUGAAGUAAUCAAAGGUUCUGAUGAAGACCAUAACUCAUUAGAUGUAAAUACUGAAUUAUGUGAUCAUGAUAGGUCAUUUAAAAUGUUACUAAGAAAAAGCGAAGCCAAUCCUCUUGAACUUAAUAUUAAUCAAUCAGAUGAUAAAGGUAAUACUUGUUUACAUUACGCAGCUAAAAUAGGCGAUCGAGAUUCUAUAUUAUCGUUGUUGGAAAAAGGUGCUUAUAUAGGGAAAAGAAACGUACUUGGAGAUCCUCCACUUGCUGAUAUCAGUCCUAAUAUAUUAGAAUCUCAUUUAAAUAAAUGCAUAAAAUCAAACGGGAAAUCUCCAAAAGAUAUUAAUUACGAGAUUAUAUGUUCAUACAAUUUUUUAUGCCCCCCAAAGAUUUACAAACAAAAAGAUAUUGAUAAUUAUCAAUCACAAUUAGAAGGCCUAGAAUACAUUCCCGAAAAUAUCCCUGAAACCGAUCCAUUGUUGUAUAUAAGUGAAGUUCCAGAACUCAGGCCUCUUCUAAAACACCCUGUACUAACUAGCUUCCUCCAUUUAAAAUGGUUUGCAAUAAAAAGAUAUUAUAAAGUAAAUUUAGCGUUUUAUAUAGGAUUCUGGGCACUUUUAACCAUUUACACGCUGUUGACUUUUAAAAUAGGUGUUCAAAAUAGCAAUUUGUCACUUACACAAAAUAAUAUUACAGAAUUCUCCACGAACAGUGUGCCAUUUAGUAGUGAUACAGCUGUUUAUUUGUGGGUUAUGGUAUUGGGAUUCCUUAUUGCUUUAAUAUUCCGUGAAUUAUUCCAGUUGAUCUCAUCUCCAUUUACGUACAUAAUGAGCUUAGAAAAUUGGUUGGAAAUAAGUCUGAUAGUUUUGACGUCAUUCUUAUUAUUGUGCGAAAUGUCUUGUAUAUCAAAUAGAAACCAAAUAUCUGCCAUUGUCAUUCUACUAUCUUGGGGUGAACUUAUACUUCUUGUUGGUAGACAUCCAGCGCUUGCUACCCACCUAGAGAUGUUUAAGCGCGUUACUAAAAACUUUUUACAAUUUCUAGUAUGGUAUUCAAUAUUAAUAAUAGCAUUUGCCCUAAGUUUUUACAUGUUAUUUAGAAAUGACGCAGACACCGAUAACAAAUUUAACGAUCCCAGCUCAGCAACAUUCAAAACUAUCGUUAUGUUGACCGGGGAAUUCGAUACAUUUGGUUCACUGCCUUUUAGUAUGCAUCCAAUAGUUAGUCAUGCAUUAUUUCUUUUAUUUAUAUUCCUUAUCGCCAUUGUCUUAGUAAAUCUUCUAAAUGGUCUUGCUGUGAGUGACACCCAAGCAAUUAGAGCUGAUGCGGAAAUCGUCGCUCACGUGUCCCGAGUUAAACUCAUACAUUACUUUGAAAAAAUGGCUCUAGGUGACCCGUUUUCGUGGACUCGUAAAGCUCAAAACCACAUAAAUAAUUUUAAAUACAGUAUUCCUUCAGUAUUUACAAGACGGUUUUAUCUGAAAAUAAGGCUAUUUCCAGAUGCUCUACAAGAUUCGGAAAUAAAAAUUUUAACUAAUCAGAGAAAUUUUGUAGACUUUGGGACAUCUACAAAAAAAAGUCAAAUAGGGUGUAUUGCGAAUUGUCAAGGUUAUUAUCUUGAGAAAGAAAUUGUCAAUGAAGCUAAGUCAAUAAUUAAAUUGAAUUCAGAGGGAGCAGACAAAAGUUGUAUGGAAAUUCUUGAUGUAUUUAUUGAGAAAUUUAAAACCGUAGAAAAGUCGGUAGAAGAAAUUAAAAAAAUGUUAAAUGCAAUGAACACAAGAAGUGAAAUAGAUUCGAUAUCGUCGUCUAGUAAUUUCCAUGUGGUAAAUGGAUCAUACAAAAGCUAA